CGUUUUCCUGACAGUCCGAACUCGGAAUCCCUCCCAAACAAAAGUGAAGUGCAGCGAUGAAAAGUGAGGGAUAAUUUCAUAUUAAAACUCGAUGAGAUAAUUGAUGUAUGAGGCAUUUUCAACGCAUUUCCAGAAUAAAUAAAUCUGUUUGUUCUUUGUGGUUUUGUUUAUAUUGAUUUUUUAUUAAACAAUUUUCUAUUAGUACGUUUCUUUUACUACAUUUUAUUUUAUGAAAAUGGAGGUGGUGUUAAAACAAAGUGGAAAAUACUAUCUGUUCAAAAAUAUGUGAAUAUAACAAUUUGGGUUUACGAUUGCAAUGAUAAAAUUAGUUCGCGAAAUGUUUGCUCGUUAAGAUUAAUUUUGGGCGAUCGAAUAAAAGAGAAACAAAAUGAGCAACUGGGCGAGGCGAAUGCACCGGCGAGCUGCAACAUUAAGCAAUGUGGUCACAUCUUGUGGUCAUCCGAACUCCUUGCCGUAUCCACGGAGACUUGAGAAAGUUAAAUUCGGUGUUCCUCUGAGUGAAGUGUGCAAGGACGAUAUACCAGGACCUUUGUUGGUGCUGAUUUUGAAAUUGAACAAGGAAGCGCCUUUACGCCGCGAUGUUUUUCGAGCGCCUGGACACCAAGGUGCUAUGAAGAAACUCAUUCACUUCUUGCAAACAGGUCGCCUGGUUAACGUCGACAAUUACUCCGUUUACACUAUAGCUAGUGUUCUCAAGAAGUUUCUUAGGAAAAUACCAGGGGGUGUGUUUGGAAGGGAUGGUGAGAUGCACUUGUUUGCUGCAGUGGAGCUCCCGGGGGAACAACAGACCGAUGCUAUAAGGAGACAGAUAUUGUCGCUGCCCGUGUGCACUCAGAGAUUGUUGGUGCUACUUUUCGGCACAUUCCGUGUGAUGGCUUCAAACGCUGACAAAGCUGGAACUGGCAUGACAUCGGAAGCCCUGGGCGUGUCAGUCGCACCAUCGUUCUUCCACUCAUGCGUAUCAGAUGGGAAGACAGCUACCAUGGAAGAUGUACAACGUUUCAAGGCGGAAGUCUCCGUCGCAACACGUGUGAUGCGUCAGCUGAUAGAGCAGUUUAGUGCUGGUGAUCUGUUCGGUAGAGAGAACUAUGAGUACUACGCGAGGGUGACGGGGAGGGUGCUGAGGGUGAGGGAUGAAUGGAUCUGUUCCUUCAGGGACCCGCCGCCGCCGAGACACCAUCAGGACCAGGAGGCAUAUGCCAGGCAAUUAUCUUUGGAGGCUGAGAAGACUUGGCUUCAGUGUGAAUGUGAUCGCUGGGGCAACAAGUUUAAGCUAGAAGGUCUAUCAAAGUCCGAGGAGUGUCAAUCAAUGCCGGCCUUGAUGGGUGCUGUGGGUGGUACUGGCGCGUACACUGGUCUUGGUAUCAUACCAGAACAUAGUCUGCUCGACUCAUGCACCAGACUCUCUAUAUCGCUGGAGGAGAGCAUCUUUAAGGUGUCUGUGAGUUCGUCUUCACAGUCAUCUCGCAGUAACUCCAGCCCUCACAUGACCCUGGAGGAACUGCGCGCCAUCAACAAGUACGCUGAGAGUACGAAGAGCCUCUCAUACCUGCCUCAGGUGCACGAGCGGCAGCGGGCGCGGAUGAGGACGCGCUCGGAGUGGUUCCUGCAGCCCGCUGUUUCUCUGGACGCCCGCCCGCGCGCAAGCGGGUCGCGUCGUCGAUCGAGGCGCGCGCGCAUGUGCCGCGCGCACACGCAUUCAGACACUGAGGUGCCGCUCGCUAUCCAGCCUCGUCAAGUGACGGCCAGGUAAUCGCGGUAAUCAGCCGGGCGGUAAUCGACCGGGACGGUAAUCAACCGUGUAACACAAAUAACUACGAAAUUACCGUCUUGACGUUAGGAAAUAUAAUAUGUCACAAUUGUUUUUUUUUCUUUUAACUGCACAUACUUGUAAGAUCAGCGUAUACGUGGUCUUGCUGUUUGGAUUUGAGUAGUCAUUUCACUUGAAAUUAAUUUUAUUUUGGUAGAUGUUGUUUUAAGGAUUACGAAACACCAAAUAUUAGAAUGUCCUAACAUCACAUCCUAAUCGAUUGUUCCUCGAUUAUUUAUAUAUUAUUAUUAUUAUUAUUACUAUUAGAUGAACAUAUGUGGUUUUUUUUUCGUUUGGUGCGAAUUUUUGUACCUACCGUCAGUGUGGUAGUCGUGAGCACAUUUUCAUAUCAACGAACGUUGUAUUCAGAAGACGCUCCUAAUAUUUUAAGAUAGUUGUAUGUAAUGUGCUCUCUGUAAUGUAAAUAUUAGAAACUUGACAUGUAUUGAACGUGAAUUUCUUGAAUUUUUUUUCUCUUCAGUAUAUCAAAUUUUGGAACAAAUACUUUGUAAUAUAAUCUGUGCCAUUACACAUUAAGUAUAAAAGAUUGUAUUUUAAAUUAUUAAUUUCAUACAUUCCUACACGUGGGUUAAUUUUUAUAUAGAAUUAUAUUUGAUAUUUCAAAUUAUGUGAAUUUAAAUACGUUUUGCAUUUCUCUCUACCUCAGAUGCGGUUUAAUGUUUGUUCUUUGCUCACUUCGCAUUGAUAAUGUCGAUUUUACUGAGUCAUAUUCAAAAUUUUAUUAAUAUAAAAAAAGUUAAAUUUAAAUUAAGAGUAUUUUAUGAAACUUAUAUAGAAAUAAUUUUUAAAUUUCACUAUCUGACUUUUGUAAAAUUUGCAAAAUUUUUUUUUUAUAUAGUAAGUAUUUCGUUUUUAUAAUUUUUGGUAUUUUUCUAACUGGCAAGACUGAAGAUUGUUUAAUAUUCGAAUUUCUUAUGAAGCAAUUUUAUUAAUUACAUAUAGUUGAAUAUUAAUCCAGGGAUUUGAUUGGUUAUUUGUCGAAUGUAUGAAAAAAGAUUGGCAUUAUUGGAAACUGGAGGUUUUAAUAGAUAUGAUACUUUAAUUAAUAGGUGCUAGAUGAUUGUGAACUCUAUGUUAGUAUGAAAUAGUGUCACUUUUAUUAUUGACGACGCUUUUCAAACGUUCGAUGUAUUUUUUUUUACUAUAUAUACAUAUAUAUGUAUAUAUUUUAUAUAAAAAAAUUACUUUAAUCUGUAAUAGAUAUAUGUAAUUAAAAUCGAGGUUAGUGUUGAUAGGUUGAUUCACAAGUGAUUUUUUUUUUCUUAAAUAUAGCUGUAUUGAAGUCUAGUUAUUUAAUUGUAUAGAAAUAGUUGUUUCAAUGCAAGAUAUGUUGUCUGCGUCGUCGAGGCGAUUGUUUCAAACGUACAAAUGUGCUUUAGGUAUAUUACUAAUGUUAUAUAGACAGCUCAAUGUAUUCGAUCGUUAGAUAUUUAAUUCGGAUAUGUGAACGCAUCCGGUGGCCAUGUGUAAUUAAUUCUAGAGGCGAUUAUUAUAUAUGUUUUUUUUUUUGGUAAUAGUAUUGAUAGUUGCUUCAGAAUUGAAAUUAUUAUAAUAUGAAAAUUCUCUGACGUCUAAAGUUGUGUUCAUUCAUAGUAUUAGGGUUUAUAUAUAUACAAACAUAUACAUAUAUAUAGUAUAUAUAUGUAUGUUUGUUUGUUUUACGUCCCAGGGUUAAGGGGUUCUUGUAUGUCGGAGGAAAAUUAUUUUGUUACUAGAUAAUAGAUAGUCACUUUAUCUGUGUAUUACGAUUAUAGUAUAUGGUACGAGUAAGAUUUUUUUUUUUGUAAAGUUGUUUUUUUUUGUUUGUUUUCUUAUAAGACUGUUUUGAUAUGAAUUUAAAAUUAGUGAACUCGAAUAUGUAUACAUAAUCAUUCCACCGAUUCCUAGUAUUGAACAAAGAACACGUUUGUUUCUUGUAAUGACCGUUAAAAUGCUUUUAUUAGAAGAUUAUUUUUUUUUUGAAGGUUUUUUUUCUGUUUUGCGAUAAUCUACAAUCCAUACACUAUGGUAAUGUAUUUAGAUAAUCGCUUACAUAUGCGUAUUUCCAAUUAUUUUUUCUUGGUAAUGUAAUUUUGUGACAUUUUGAUUGUAUUGCGACCCGAGCCCGUCGCUACCAAGCAAGUUAGCUGUUAGUUAUAAUUUAUUAUAAAGAGUAUUAAUUAUUAUAUGGUAUUUGCUUUUUGUGGAAUACAUAUAUAUAUAUUUUUUUUAAUAGAUUGUCCCAUAUUUGCACAUUUUUUUUUUCUAUACGAAUUAUAAAGAAUUACACUGAAAUAAAGUAAUUAAAUAUGU